AUGGCUACGAACAGUGUAAAGAGCGGAGGAGUUUUAGAUCCAACAUAUGAAUCCUCGGACGAUGAUGAGAUUGAUCCAAUUUUGUUGGAGUUCCAUCGCCAACUUCUCGAGUCCGGUGAUUUGGUUACAAGCCCUAAUAAGGUUAAAGAAACCACCGCACAUGAACAAGAUAAAGCCAGAUCUACACCGGCAUCUGAACACCCUUACGAUGAUUAUUCCACUGACGAAGAGGAGGUUGAUCCAGUUUUGGAGAAAGAGUUCUAUCGCCAACUUAACGAGUCCGAUGGAUUCGAUGUUGACAUAACCAUUCCACACAAUUCAUUCUCUAAGGACAAAUUUGAGGACGACCAGCCAGAUUCAUACCGCGACAUGCUGGACAUUUAUGCUAGAGUUGGACUCCAUUGGUACAAUUUUCACAAGGGCUCUAACUUCCAGUUCUCGGCCGUAUCCAAGUAUAUUUCCUGGCUACGUAAUGCUUUCAAUUACUCCAUAACCUUUGAGGGGAUGGAUCCAGCAGACAAAUCCAGUAUCACUUUCCAAGCGAAGGUCAUAAGAGCUGGGCGUGAAAAUGGCGAACAGUUGAGGAUAGUGUCCGAAGGUUGUAGGAUAAAACCUCAAACUCCAGGUACUGGAGAUGAAAUACAUGCAUGGAAGUGGCCCAUUGGAAGUGAUGAAUCUUACAAGGGAAAUCUACCUAAAUGGUAUUCGGAUGAUGCAUUGAAGCCAUUCAGUGAUACGCACCAUCAGUUUUAUCAAGUGCAAGAUUCAGAUAUUCGAGAAAAUGAUUGGCUUAACAUGUAUGCUGAAAUCGCGCUCUACUCGCUGCAUGAAGGAGAUACAACGUUGCUCCACGCUUGGCUGCCUGUGGAGAUCAGCAAGGUCGUUGUACAGACCUAUGACGGAGAUGGAAAGUCGUCAAAGGAAAAGCUCAAGGCAGGGAAUGCAAUCUUCUACAUUGCUUUCAAGAACUUGCAUGCUCCUCGUGGUUGUCUGCUCCAAGAUCACAGAGCCAUCGUAAGAAGAGUCUCCGAUGGGGUUCCAGGACACGUCUCUCUUGGGUUUAAGUGCUGGCUCCAGGAGUAA